AUGUCUAAUAUAGACAUGUAUGUUACCGAGGGCUCAUUGCCCAAUGUCGAAAACCAGUUAGCGGACAAGGUCAGCAUGCUGCUAGACACUUUGAUUCCCCGCUUAGAAAGUCUCGAACGAGCGGUCUCCGGACAAGUCUCUAAGACCUCCGGAGCAACCCGUGCAGAUUCUUUCAAUACCCUCCUAGUGAGGAUUGAGGAAAUCGCGGCAAAUAUGGCCAGAUUAGAAAAGAAGAUUUAA